AUGACGAUACGGGAACUUCCCUUUGACCUCUAUGUACAGAUUCUGGAGCAGUUAACACCAUUGACAGGUUCCGACGAGAGCAUUAUUGUGCUUAUAUCUUGCUUAAAGACAAGCACUUUGCUUCGAGCAGCUGCAUCUGUUUCGAGACUAUGGGAGCCACAUUACCGUGCCCGAUACACAAUAUGUGACCCCACGAAAGAGCAAUCGCGAAAGCGAUCUACAGGUGGCGACUGGCGACUGAUGUAUUUUGAGAGGCGACGCAUAGACCUCGAGACAUUGCAGAUAUUGUUCAAGAUCGUCAUGGAACGGGGUGAUGGAAGACUAGAAAGAGCGCGAGAGGUCAAUACCAUGUUCUCGUUUGACGCAUGGAAUGUCCUCGAGAAUGCCGCAAAUUGUCCGCUUCCGGUCACAUUCCGCGAGCCAGGAGUUCCAGAUCGGAGGCCCGUUCCACCUCAUGCAGUUCCCCUUCGCUUUUGGGCUCAAAUGCUUCUUGGUGCUAUUGCUAGAAGUGAUGCUGUUUACACCUGGGGGAAACUUAUCUCUAAUGACACACCCCAAUCGCUUGAGCUUUCGUUCGCUUGUAUGUCCAGCUUUUUCGUUUACCCUCCCAUGAAGGUCUUGUCCCAACUCGAAGAACUUGCGACUCUCUGCAAAAUCUACUUCAUCGAGCACCAAAUUCCCCUUGAUCCUGCUGAAUUCACCAGUGAUUCUGGGAAGCUCAGACUCGUCUGUUCGUCAAUCUGCGAUUUUUUGUGGAGCUGUGGCUUUGAAGCCGCGGAUGGAGAGCGGUUUCACAUGUUGCAAAAUCGGUUUCCUCACCUUUUCUUAACCACGCACCAGGCAACCAUACCCAUAUCACUUGUAUACAUUUUCGUGUGCAUUGCACGCAAGAUGGGCGUCACGGCAUCACCUACCGACUUUCCUAGCAGAGUUCUGGCUGUCGUAUCUUCUCCCCACCCAGAUGUCUUAGAAUUUUUUGUCGACGUUUUUGGCUCACGAACACAAGCCAUUCUGACGCUCCAUGACGAUAUUCCGCGCUUCCUUAUUCAAGCAGGAAUCCACACCAAUACAAUACUCCCAUGGAUUAGCAGUGCUUCCUCCACCUCCAUGCUGCUGCGGGCAUCCCGGAAUGUCUUAGCGUCCGUCAACAACUUUCCCGCAGGAGCAGCAGCUCCCGAAGUCGAGCUGCACACAGCAAUAUAUGCCAGCCUUACGAUCAAUGCCAUCUUUAUGAACGACCGCAGGUAUCUCUUGAAUAUAAUGAAACAUAUCAAUCGGUUCCUCCUUGAUCUGCUGCCAGUGCUCGUCGAUUCAUUGACUCCUCUUUUACACCCAUACCUCCAAGAGCAGCUUACGACGCAUUGCAACGCUAUCAUGGAGGACGAGAAGGAAGCGGCUACUACCUCUCAUCCUCGUUCUGCACUCACACGGGAGGUGAAAUUCUUCGUUGGCAUGGUUUUCAAGCACGCAGCCCACGGAUACGUAGGAUAUGUAUACGGCUGGGAUCCCUCCUGUGCAGCGGACGAGGACUGGAUCCGUGAGAUGGGUGUCGAUUUGCUCUCCCGAGGGCGUCAUCAACCAUUUUAUCACGCUCUAGAUCAGAGUGGCUCCUUGCGCUAUGUUGCAGAGGAUAAUAUUAGGGCGACAUGUCUAGAACCAGCUCAUGUUCACAGAAUUUUUACAGACGCACCACGAGCAGGGAUGUACUUCGAGGACUUGACUCAAGUUGAUGGGAGAGCAAGGUUUCUGUUGAGCCCAGAACUGAAUGCAGCGUAUCCUGAUGACGAAGCCUUUGGUGAUCGGUGGCUCAGACAAGGAGAGGAUUGA